GCUGGGAUGGACGCGGGGCGGGCGGGUCCUGGCGAGCGGAGCCAGGAGUCCGGGCCUCCUGGCUGCUGAGCCUUUCCCCAUCCCCUCAUCCCCGUCUUCCCUCCGAGGAGCUGCGCGACCUCUGCCUCGGGGGUUCGGGCACCGCUCCCGUCCUCCUCUGACUCCCCGGACUCCCCCUCCCGCCCGCCCUCGGGAUCGACUAGAUCCCUCCCCCUCCCUGAGGAUUCCGGCUGGAUCCCUGCCCCUGCACCGCGGAUCCUGCGCUGCGGGGGCCCCGAGCCCCUGGGGAUUGCCGUGGACUCUUCCUUCAGCACCCGAUCCCUUAGGAUCCUCCGCCUGGACCGCUUUCUGGUCCCUCGAAGCCAGGCCACGGAGCCAGUGGAUCUCCAGUCCAGUCUUGUCCCGUCGUCCCCUCCUUGCUCUGCCAUCCCCUCUGCGGGGUUCCCUGUUAUUAGGCUCCCCCUGACCCCAUCCCCUAGCUCUCCUUUUCCCAGGGACCGACUGGAUCCCGGCCCCGCCCCCCGGGGCUGGGGCGAUCCCCCUCCCCCGCCGGGUGAGGCUCUGCGGGCGGGGGCUGGGCCUGCGGGGCCGCGGGGGCUCAGAGGCCGCCGCCCCCCUCCCGAAGCCCGUCGGCCCCCCACUCGGAGCCCUGGAUGGAGGCACCACGGCCCCAGGGCUGAGCCAGGUCGGGCCUACCUUCACCUUCUCCCACCUCCUUCCCCUUCCCCUUCCCCACCCCUUGCCCCCUCCAUGGAGAGGAACAGACCCCUUCUCUGUCCCGUCUAACCCAGGUCCCUCCCCGCGCCCCUCCUCCCUCCUUUCCCCUGCCCCCUCCUGCCCCCUGGGGCGAGGGGGCCUCCCUCCCUCUCCCCCCCUUCUCUCUCUCUCCGAGGGGGGGGUCCCGGGGAGGGAGGGGGGGUCCCCGAUCAGCAUGUGGCUCCUGGCGCUGUGUCUGGUGGGGCUGGCGGGGGCUCAACGGGGGGGAGGGGGUCCUGGCGGUGGCCCUGGCGGCCCGGGCCUGGGCCUCAGCAGCCUCGGGAAGGAGCGCUUCCCAGUGGUGAACACGGCCUACGGGCAAGUGCGCGGUGUGCGGCGCGAGCUCAACAACGAGAUCCUGGGCCCAGUCGUGCAGUUCUUGGGCGUGCCCUACGCCACGCCGCCCCUGGGCGCCCGCCGCUUCCAGCCGCCUGAGGCACCCGCCUCCUGGCCCGGCGUGCGCAACGCCACCACCCUGCCGCCCGCCUGCCCGCAGAACUUGCACGGGGCGCUGCCGGCCAUCAUGCUGCCUGUGUGGUUCACCGACAACUUGGAGGCGGCUGCCACCUACGUGCAGAACCAGAGCGAGGACUGCCUGUACCUCAACCUCUACGUGCCCACCGAGGACGGUCCGCUCACAAAAAAACGUGACGAGGCGACGCUCAAUCCGCCAGACACAGAUAUCCGAGACUCUGGGAAGAAGCCUGUGAUGCUGUUUCUCCAUGGCGGCUCCUACAUGGAAGGCACAGGGAACAUGUUUGAUGGCUCAGUCCUGGCUGCCUAUGGCAACGUCAUCGUAGCCACACUCAACUACCGUCUUGGGGUGCUCGGUUUCCUCAGCACUGGGGAUCAGGCUGCAAAAGGCAACUAUGGGCUCCUGGACCAGAUCCAGGCCCUGCGCUGGCUCAGUGAAAACAUUGCCCACUUUGGGGGUGACCCCGAGCGCAUCACCAUCUUCGGGUCUGGGGCAGGAGCCUCCUGUGUCAACCUGCUGAUCCUCUCCCACCAUUCAGAAGGACUCUUCCAGAAGGCCAUCGCCCAGAGUGGCACUGCCAUUUCCAGCUGGUCUGUCAACUACCAGCCGCUCAAGUACACGCGGCUGCUGGCAGCCAAGGUGGGCUGUGACCGAGAGGACAGUGCCGAAGCUGUGGAGUGUCUGCGCCGGAAGCCUUCCAGGGAGCUGGUGGACCAGGACGUCCAGCCUGCCCGCUAUCACAUUGCCUUUGGGCCUGUGGUGGAUGGUGAUGUAGUCCCCGAUGACCCUGAGAUCCUCAUGCAGCAAGGAGAAUUCCUCAACUACGACAUGCUCAUUGGAGUCAAUCAGGGAGAGGGCCUCAAGUUUGUGGAGGACUCUGCAGAAAGUGAGGAUGGUGUGUCCGCCAGCGCCUUUGAUUUCACCGUGUCCAACUUCGUGGACAACUUGUAUGGCUACCCGGAGGGCAAGGAUGUGCUGCGGGAGACCAUCAAGUUCAUGUACACAGACUGGGCUGACCGGGACAAUGGUGAGAUGCGGAGGAAGACCCUUCUGGCGCUCUUUACUGACCACCAGUGGGUGGCCCCAGCUGUGGCCACUGCCAAGCUGCACGCUGACUACCAGUCCCCUGUCUACUUUUACACCUUCUACCACCACUGCCAGGCCGAGGGCCGGCCAGAGUGGGCAGAUGCAGCACAUGGGGAUGAGCUGCCCUAUGUCUUUGGUGUGCCCAUGGUGGGUGCCACUGACCUCUUCCCCUGCAACUUCUCUAAGAAUGACGUCAUGCUCAGCGCAGUGGUCAUGACCUACUGGACCAACUUCGCCAAGACUGGUGACCCCAACCAGCCGGUGCCCCAGGACACCAAGUUCAUCCACACCAAGCCUAAUCGCUUUGAAGAGGUGGUGUGGAGCAAGUUCAACAGCAAGGAGAAGCAGUACCUGCACAUUGGCUUGAAGCCACGUGUGCGUGACAACUACCGUGCCAACAAGGUUGCUUUCUGGCUGGAGCUUGUGCCCCACCUGCACAAUCUGCACACCGAGCUCUUCACCACUACCACACGGCUGCCUCCCUAUGCCACACGCUGGCCACCUCGCCCACCCCCUGGUGCCCCUGGCACUCGUCGACCCCUACCACCCGCCACCCUGCCACCGGAGCCCGAGCCCGAGCCAGGGCCGAGGGCCUACGACCGCUUCCCUGGAGACUCACGAGACUACUCCACGGAGCUAAGUGUCACCGUGGCCGUGGGUGCCUCCCUCCUUUUCCUCAACAUCCUGGCCUUUGCUGCCCUCUACUACAAGCGGGACCGGCGGCAGGAGCUGCGGUGCAGGCGGCUUAGCCCACCUGGAGGCUCAGGCUCUGGUGUCCCCGGUGGGGGUCCUCUGCUUCCUGCCACAGGCCGUGAGCUGCCACCAGAGGAGGAGCUGGUGUCACUGCAGCUGAAGCGGGGUGGUGGCGUUGGGGCGGACCCUGCUGAGGCCCUGCGCCCCGCCUGCCCGCCCGACUACACCCUGGCCCUGCGCCGGGCACCGGACGAUGUGCCUCUCUUAGCCCCAGGGGCCCUGACCCUGCUGCCCAGUGGCCUGGGGCCACCUCCUCCCCCACCACCCCCGUCCCUCCAUCCCUUCGGGCCCUUCCCACCACCUCCUCCCACUGCUCCCAGCCACAACAACACGCUACCCCAUCCUCACUCCACCACUCGGGUAUAGGGGGCGGCUUGGGGAGGCCCUCCUCCCAGCCUUCCCCGCCCCGGCCACUCCAAAGGAAGGGAGGAGGACUUGGCAACAGGCUUUUCUCCUGUGGAGUUGUCACAUGUCAUCGAGCAGCAUUAAGGUGGACAUGGGAUUCCUCACUGGGAUGUGUGUUUUUCCCAUGCGAAGAGGCCCAUUCUUUUCUCUGGACCUGGGCCUUUGAACAACUACGGGGGUGUUUUCUGCCCUCCUUUGGGACACCAGUCUUCGGUGUGUGGAAAUGUGGAAGUCUUUUCCCACGUGGAGGCGUGCUUUCCUCAUGAGGGGGUGUUUUCCCAUGUGCAGGGUGAGGUUUUUUUUGCCGCCCUGGACACAUGUUGGCCCCCUCAAAUAAUUUCUGCGGGGAUUUGUACCCCAGAACCCUGUUCCCUCAUGCCUUCUCCCACCUCCUCCCCACUCUCAUCCCCUGGAGACCCUGGAAGCGAUGUGUUCACAUACAGUGACCCUUGGCCACCAGACAACCCAGGGCGGUCCCUGGGGAACAGCAAGGAAAUCACAGGCCCCCCCACCCUGCUCCCCCCUCCGCCCCAGCGAAGCAUGUUUCUCCCCCAUGGCACAAGUCAGAUGAAGCACGUUCUCCCAGGGAGGCUCUCACCUUCCGCAGACGACAGACACAGAUUUCCUGCCAGGGGGAUGGGAGGAGAUCCGUGCAUCCUGGUGCUGCCUGGAAACUUAUUUUCCCAUGGUCCAGGACACAUUUCUCUGAGUGGAAACAUGUUCUUGCAUGUGGAUGUGUGUUUUCCCAGGCAGAGGGCCCCUCUGUCCCCAGCACUUCCCUGCAUCCCCCAGCCUCAGGCCCAGCACCUAAUUCCUCCUCACACAGUAGGUGGGAACAGAUUUCAAAUUAACAGGAGCUGAGGGGAUGUGCAGACCUGGGUGAGGUUUUUAUUUGCCUCCCUGGACACAUGUUGGCCCCGUCAAAUAGUUUCUGCGGGGAGAAAUUUCUGUGGGAAAAAAACAGAGGGAGGCCUGGGAUCCUCCCUCUUCCAGAGAUGCUGAGUCCAGGGGGAUGGAGGGGUGCGGCAAAUGCCACCCACAGAGCCAUGCAUGUUUGACCAAAGCCCUCAUGGGGCUUGAGGACAGCUUUUCCCUCAGUCCUCAGAUCAUUGCUCAUCCGUGCCAAACUGGGUAGGUGGGUGUGAAUGGGGUGAGGACACUCAGAAUGUGCCAAGGAUCACCCAGUCCUAGGCGAGGACAGGGUAGACGGUGGGGGCAAGUCAGAUACCGGGCAGGGGGAUAUGGCAGCUAAGGGGCCCCCAUCUGUGUCUCUCGUCCUCAUGUCCUCCUUCCCUCGCUGCCUCACUUCCCUAUUCUUUGCCGUCUCUGUCUCCCUCUUCGAAACUGCCCCCAUCUCAGGGUCAGACCAACCUUCUCCCCUCCCCUUCUUGACCCGUCCCCUUUCCCUGGCUGCCAGAGCUAAAGGAAAGGAUCAGUGGAAGGAGCGGGGGAGGGAACAGAAAGGUUUCACGGGCAGGUUGGGGAAAGAAUGAGGUCGGCUGUGUUGAGGAGCAGAUGGAGGAGGCUGUGGGCAACUGGGCUUCGGCAGACACCAGCAGGAAGAAUUUGAAAAGAAAUGCGAGGCCACUGCCCAGAGGUCCUUGGGUUUGGGCCUCUGGAGAAAACGAUGUAAGGAAGGGUUUUAAGGGGCACCGGCGGAGGAGGAGCAGAUCCUCGUCAGCUGUGUAGCUUUCUGUGGGAUGCUAGUGCCAAACCAGGGGGUGGGUGCUGUCUUCCACGGACGCCCAGAUCCAGAAACCCCAGUCUGAAGGAAGCCCCAGAACUUUGCCUCUUGACUGUCCCUUCUUCUCCCACCUCCACUCCUGGAAACGUAGUUCUUAUCUGGCCUUUUCCCCUGCUUGGUCUAGCUCCUCUUGGAACGGCCAUGCCCUCCAAAUGCUAGUGACCUGGGCCCUGAGCCCUGUAGGCAGAUGCCCUCAGAAUAGGGGCACGGGAGGGGCUGGGGGACCCCAUGAUUCAGCCACGGACUCCAAUGCCCAGCCCCUCUUUCCGGAACAAUCCCAUGUCCCCACCCCAACCCUUUGCGGCUCUGUACACAUUUUUAAACCUGGCAAAAGAUGAAGAGAAUAUUGUAAAUAUAAAAGUUUAACUGUU